GUGGUACACAAUCGUAGCGCACGAAAAACAAAGACGGUGAAAAUAUUGUCUACAUUAAUAAGAGAGAACAGAAAAAGCAUGUGUGCGCACGCAUAAGAAUGAUGAAGAUAGUAAGAGAGUGCCAAGGAGGGAAUGAGAGGGAAUAGAGGCGUGCAGCAAGCAGUACGACAGGACGUAGAACGGCCGCUGCCGUGGUGUUUGGGCUCGGCUCGGUUGUGCCGCAUCCGUUAUGACGAUACGAUAAUCCAGCGCUUAGCGCUGUGAGUGUGUAAUACGUUACUUGCCAUUACGCAUUAUUGAUAUUUAUAUUUUACGAAAAAUUCGGGGAGAACGUGAUGGAAGUGUAUUGUUUUCUAAUCUGAUUGGUAAACUGUUCCUUCGUUGAUCGUUAGAGUUCUUUCAUACGCCAUGUGCCAUUGCUCUAUGUGUAUUUCCUUUCUCUUUCGGUUGUGUUCGGUUAAAUUUUCAUGAAAAUAUUCGUGUAACCAGUUUACCGGUGAAUUAUUUUAAUAAAAAUUUUCUAUUAGUGAUCCUGGUGUUCUGUGUAGUGUAAGUGCGAAAACGAAAUUUUCUUCUUUCUAUAUCUCUACAUUAUUAUACGGUUUAAAUUGCAAUAAGGAAUAAGAACAAUAACGAGAGAAGCAGAAAAGGGGAUAGACGGUGGAUUUGUUGAGCUCAAGUGGAAAAGAUAUCUCGCAAGGAGCGCAAGUGGCGUAUCAAGAUGGCGCAUAAUUUGGCACCGAGCGUCAACUGUUCGCUCGACGACAUUGAUCUGAACGCUUUGAAGGAACCAGCAGGUAUUUUCGAGUUAAUCGAAGUUGUUGGUAAUGGAACAUAUGGCCAAGUUUAUAAAGUAAGUAUAUAUUACAAGUUCAUAAAUAGUAAUAUUUUAGGUUUGUCUCUUUCUUAUGAAUAAUAUGAAUGAAUAAUAGAAAAUUUGU